UAUUGAUUGGAAACCCGCUGAUCGGGAAUCAGUAUGCACCUUCACGCUUAAAGUGGACCGAAGCGCAGGGCGAACAACAAAACCGACUCAAAGUCAGUCCAGUUGUCCGAUAACACUGUUGACUGCUGUUGUCACGGGAUGCUCUUCAUCCUCAGAGGUCGUAAAGUAAACAGAGUGGCUGGAGUAGCAAGCACCGAAAGGAAGGAAAAAAUACUUUUAACGAAACGAUUCAGUCGGGUGAAAAAAAAGACGGUUCGGUUCACUCGACGGAAUACAGGGGGGCGUCUAAUAGAACAAGCAAGGCCAGGAAGAUUCCAAAAUGAGCUGUCAGCUGCCAAUGAACAUGCUCCAUAUCUCUUCAGACACGAUGGAGAUGCUGUGUUUCCGCUUGCCCGCCCAUGGGGACAUGACCCUCAAACACAUGAAUUCUUUGCGAUCUCGCCAGCAUUUUUGUGAUGUCACCAUUUUGACCAGCAACAACCAAACAUUCAGCGGACACAAGGUAGUGCUUGCUGCUUGCUCACCCUUCUUGAGAGACCAGUUCCUCCUCAACCCUUCCUCUAAGCUUCAGGUUUCAAUGCUGCACAGCUCUUCUGUCAUGUGCAAUCUGCUCCAGUCCUGCUACACCGGUGUUCUACAGUUUAAACCAGAGGACAUAGUCAACUACUUGACUGCCGCGAGUUACCUGCAGAUGGAAUGUAUUGUAGAGCGCUGCAGGGAUGCUCUGAAGAAGUACAUGCAGCUGAAAAGCCCCAAUCCACUGAAGAUAACGAAAGAGGAGAGAGUGCCUCAGCCCGUGAUUGUCAGUGGCAGCAUUCAUUCCAUCGCAUCACCCCCAGGCGGUCGACCUUCCCCCGUGCGUAGCCCAGAAAUCCACUUGGUGGAGGAGAACAACACACAGGACAGCAGUCAGCGCAACGAUAGCAGUCUUUUGGUGGAAAAAACAUGCGUGAAGGAUAAUGCAUCAAACCAUGGAGGAGAUACGUUCCAAGUUUACAUCUCUGACGAAGAGCAGAACGCUGUCAAAGUAGAAGAUUCCAGAGCUCCCGCUGAUGAGCAUAAUGAUGCUCGUUCCCCUGCGGCAGACGGGGGGGUGGGAGGAGAAUGUGGCGAAUAUGACUUGAUUCCAACUGCCCAAGUCCCUGGCACGGAUGGCUUCUCAAGGGAAGGACUGCGAUCUUUCAGACACAGGUUAUCCGAACCUGGCUGGGGCCGAGGUCGAGCAAUGGGGAGGGGUUUCAAGAGGAGGCGGUGGGUGUCAUCUCAGGAGAAAAAAUCUCCUUUGUCAGCCUCCGAAGAUUUGUGGUAUCUUGCCGGGACGGCUGGCGGCUUUGGGAUGGACUUCAGCGAAGGGUUCAAGCCGGGAAGUUUUUUCUCAGUCGACCUCCCGCGAUUGGAUUUGAGUUUAGACGACGCUCAGGGGGACAAGUCCUUGCCACUGGCCGCCAGUAGUUUGACACAUUUUGCAGUGGACGAGUCUGCCAACGCCGGUGAGGGGAGUUGCGGGUUGAAUGCCGGUACGAGCGAGGCAGGGGACGAGUCUGUCGCCGUGGUGGGCUCCACAUCUAGCGUAACCGGGCUGGUCAUCUGCGAGCACUGCGGCGUGACGUGCCCGUCGACUCAUGCUCUGGCCAUGCACUACUGCUCCGCCCACCAGGUUUACUCCUGCCCCUUCUGCGACAAGCAGUUCCACCACUCAUACAACCUGAACCGACACAUGGCCUUGCACCGGGGCAACGGCAAACCCCACCAGUGCCCCCUGUGUUCCAAGGGCUUCACCCAGAGGUCCACGCUCAUCGACCACAUGAACCUCCACAGCGGCGAGCGCCCGCACCGCUGCGCGUACUGCCACGCCCGCUUCGCCCACAAGCCCGCCUUACGGCGCCACCUGAAGGAGCAGCACGGCAAAACCACAGUGCAGAAUUCCAUCCACGAGCAGGAAGAGCGAGAGAGAUCGCUCGGGAGGAUACAAGAAGAAACGCAAGAAUGUCCGGUCACUGAGAAAACGUCUUAAACAAAAAAAA